UCAGAAGUCAAGGCUUAUCUGGGAUGUAGAGGAAGAGGACGAUUAGACCUCUUCUGUACAAUAUUACUAAGCACAGGUCAUUGGGGAUUAGGGCUGAGUGCAGAACGGUGAUGAUGAAUUCUGCGCUCUGGUUGGUCCUCUGGUCUUGAUUAAUUCUCCCCAACGCAGCUUUGACUGUAGAGCAGGAUGUCUGCACUGCCAUCGUUGUUGCUCUUGGCGUCGACGCUGGCAUCGACAUCACAGUCCUCAGACACCAUCUUCACCUGCCCCACACACUGCACGUGCCACCUGGAGCUCAAGUUCGCCUCAUGCGCCGGCGCCAAUCUCACCGACCUGCCCUCCGUCAUCCCUCCUUACACAGAACACCUCAAUCUAUCGUUCAAUCACUUGGUCUUCAUCAGGAACCAGGCCUUUCAGGACGUACGCCGCCUCCACACGCUGCUCCUGAACGAUAACAGGAUCAGCAACGUGAGCCGCGGAGCCUUCCAGCCUCUCGAGUUCCUCCUGAGACUCGACCUGAGCCGCAACCGCAUUUCCGUCCUGCCAGAUGGGUUCUCCCUGGGUUUAGUCUCCCUGCUUGAGCUUACCUUGGUAGAGAACCAGCUCUGGAGCCUGAACGAACACUAUUUCUCGCACCUCGAUGCCAUUCAGAAGCUUGACCUGCGCAACAACCGCAUUAACUCUAUCAAUGUAAGGGCGUUCAGCUCGCUUAGCACUUUACGCCGUGUGUUCUUGGAUCACAAUUACAUCAACAAUCUUGAAAAUGGGGUUUUCUCUAUGAUGAGGAACCUCGAGGAGCUUGGGCUAAGCAAGAACAACAUCAACCACCUGGAGGUCGGCGUCUUUUCUCCGCUGACCAGCCUAGCUUUGCUUAAUUUGACCUAUAACAAUCUCUCCCAUGUGGACUUCAAGGCCUUCCUCAGCCUGGACACACGCAGCACGCACAUUCACCUUCGUGGGAACCCUUGGGACUGUGAUUGCGAUUUGCAGCGGGUUUUCCGCAAAGUUCACAGCGUCCACAGGCUGCAACUGGACGACUACAACAACCUGAGCUGCUACAUGCCCGAGGAGCUGCGCGGAUACCCGCUGCGCGACGUCGACAACGAGCUGUGCUUCGCUGAAACGGUCACCGUACUCAUCAUCACCGUCACUGUGAUGAUCACGGUUGUGGCCGCCAUCAUCAUGGCUGAGAAAAAGAGGAAGAAAUCAAAUAAAGGGAAGCACUGGACGGAGGUCAGCGAGGUCUCGUGCGACUCACAGAGCUGAGAAGAAAGAUGCAGGACGCAGGAGAUUAUUCAGAUCAACAAAUACGACAAAUAAACUGGAUGUACAUUUUAACCUGAGAAUAAAUUUACAUAAAU